AUGCGCCGGAAGUUACCAACUGACGCCAAGGAAGGCUGGCGCAAGGAAAGAAAACGACACUGGACAGGAGAGGGCGGCACUGCGCCGGUGUUUCUGCCCCUUUCCCCUCGGCACCUAAAGGGCUUCUUUUUUCUUCCUCACGUCCUUUUGCGUGCCAUGGCGUCGCGAGACCGGAUCGGGCCUGCGCUACCUCCGCAUUUAGCCCGCUCUGCUGCUGAGGUGGACCCAGACGGAGACUCCAGCCAGGGGCCAGCUCUGCCCCCUGGCUACAAAAGUAACCCAGAAAGAUGUGGUUCUGACCAGGAAUAUAAUUCUUCUCAUGCACUCAGAGAAAUGGACUGGGAUUCUGAAGAUGACCAAGAUUCAAGUCCGACGCCCAGAAAGCAGAGAAGAUAUCGGGAGGAAGAAGAUGAUGGAUUCUUUGGUCCUGCACUGCCUCCAGGUUUUAAAAAACAAGAUGAAUCCCCAGAAAGGCCUAUUAUAGGCCCUGCUUUACCACCUGACUUUAAGAAACUGUCAGAAGAUGCUGAAGAAAACAGAUGUGAUACAAGACCUAUCGUGCCAUCUCGAUUCACAGCCCAGGUUGCGAGAGAGGCAACGGAUAGUAGUGAAGAUGAGGAAAUUGUGAUUGGUCCAAUGCCCGCCAAAGGACCAGUACAAUCCAGCAUAACCACAGAGUUUGAACACCGUGCUCAGAGGAUGAAGGCGAAACUUCUUGGACAAGAUGUUGAUGAAUCCAAACCAAUUAAAAGAGAGUCUUGGAUGACAGAACUUCCACCAGAGCUCAAAAGUUUUGGACUUGGCCCUCGAACAUUCAAAAGAAGAGCUGAUGAUAAACCGGGAGAUAGAUCAGUUUGGACCGAUACACCAGCUGACCAAGAAAAGAAAGCCAAAGAAAUGCAAGAUACAAAGAAAUCUGUCAGUAAAGAUGAUGCAGAGAUUCUGCUGACAGAGAGAGACAAGAGGCUGGCUGAACAAGUGUCCUUAUACAAUGAUUCUCAGAGAUCUGAAUCUCUUAUGGAUAUACACCACAAGAAACUAAAAAGCAAAGCUGCCCAAGAGAAGAAUAAGCCCCAGGAAAGAAGGCCAUUUGACCGUGACCAGGAUCUCCAAGUCCAUCGGUUUGAUGAAGCACAAAAGAGAGCGCUCAUAAAGAAAUCUAGAGACUUAAACACCAGAUUUUCCCAUGGCAAAUGCAACAUGUUUUUGUAAUUUAAGUGCAUGAUGAUACUGUAAAACAAGAGGUAGUGUUGCAUAAUAAAACAUCUUUUUAAAAACAG